AUGUCCGCUUCGCAAGCGUUGUAUUAUCCCAUGGACAUCAUCAAAGACAAUGUUGACACAAAGAUCGGGCGCACCAUCUAUGAGGAGUUCAGCACAGUGGUUCUGCUGAAACAGCAAAUGCGAGUCAUGGACCAAGUGUGGUUAGACUUCCUACAGCAUCUGCGGGUUGGCAAUGUGAAAGAACAUCACAUGUCAAUGCUGCGCACCUUGUGCCUGAGCCCCGACGAUAACUUCGAAGAUGACCCAUGGCAGGAUGCCACAUUGACAUGGAACCGGUAUGCACUGGCUUUGCACCUCAGCAAGGGUCAUGCGGGCAACAAUAUGGAGAAGGACUUGCCACAUUUGAUUGAACUGGCCAUUGGAAUGUCAGUUAUGGUAACAAACAACGUCGAAACCGAUCUCGAUUUGACCAACGGUGCACGGGGAACAAUCAAGGACAUCAUCCUGGACCCCGAUGAACCACCCAUUGGCCCCGAAUCAGUGGUUCACUUGAAAAGGCUGCCUGCAUACAUCCUUGUACAAUUUGAGCGCACAAGAGCAGCACAACUGUCUGGCCUGCCAUCAGGUGUUCUGCCGAUACAGCCAGCAAAAACGACGUACCUGGUAAAAUCAUGGCUGAGCAGAGGGACCAGUGUCAACAAGACUAUCACCCGACGACAAUAUCCGUUGACGGGCGCGUAUGCAUUCACGGAUUACAGGUUGCAGGGUCAAACAUUGAAGCGCGUCAUCGUGGACAUAGCAAUGCCACCUACGGGGGGUUGA